AACUCCAGAGAUCUAUCCCAUUCACUUUCCCUUCCCUAAUCCUAAUCUUACCCUUUGCCUUUGCCUCUGCUGCAUCCAAUCCACAGCCGUUUAACUUCUCCUUUUCUUCAACCCUCGCCUCCGCCUGGUUUCUCCCAUCUUCUUCUCCUCUCUUUGAAUAUCAAGGUUUUGCAGAUUGUUCCACUAUUCUUUUCCUAAAUGAGAGGCAGGAGUUAUACUCCAUCUCCGCCCAGAGGCUACGGCCGGAGAGGACGGAGCCCUAGCCCCAGAGGCCGCUACGGCGGUCGCGCUCGAGAUCUUCCUACAAGCCUUUUGGUUCGCAACCUCCGCCAUGACUGCAGGCCAGAAGACCUUCGCAGGCCAUUCGAAAGAUUUGGCCCUCUUAAAGAUAUAUAUCUGCCCAAGGAUUAUUAUACUGGGGAACCUCGAGGGUUUGGUUUUGUCCAAUAUGUUGAUCCUGCUGAUGCUGCUGAAGCCAAAUACCAGAUGGAUGGGCAGGUUCUUCUUGGUCGAGAGUUGACUGUGGUCUUUGCUGAAGAAAACAGGAAGAAACCAGCUGAAAUGAGGCACAGAGAGCGAGCAAGAGGAGGUCGAUAUCGUGAUAGGAGAAGGUCCCCUCCUCGUUACUCUCGUUCGCCUCGAUAUUCACGGUCUCCACCUCGUCAUGGGAGAUAUAGGUCUCGAAGUCGUGAUUAUUCACCUCCUAAAGAUAGGCAUUACUCGAGAUCAGUUUCACCCCAAGAUGGACACUACAGCCGAGAUAGGUAUUCACGUUCUCCACCAUACAAUGUCUCAAGGAGCUGUAGCCGGAGUCUAGAAAGGGGCCAAGGCCCAAGCCAGGGAAGAAGCCGAAGCCCGAGACGGAGCAGAAGCCACAGCCCAAGAGAAGCUGGAAGCCCAAUCAGAAGCAGAAGCUGUAGCCGGAGUCCAUACCAUGAGGAAUACAAGAGGGAACUCAAUGGAGAAAGGUCUCCCAGUCAAUGAUAUUGUGCUGCCAUCUUUUGUAUUGUUUGGUGUAUUUGAUGAUGGAUGCUGGUGUUUGAACUUAAAGUUUGGAUAUUUUCAAGGUUUUAGAGUCCAACUGGUUAUGUCGUAAAAAGAGUUAUUGCAGCUGAGAUUCUUUCUUAAGGCCGUCUGUUAACUAGUAAUCAAGUACUGAAAUUGAGGAACUGUUUUGCCCACAAUUAGUUGGUGACUUAUUUAUAGUACAAUUUGUUAAAACA